CGCUGGUAGUGACUGCCCAGAGCGGUGGGGACUGAGGGUGGGAGGUGUGCUGGGUGUAAUAGAGGCAGGUGUUUCUCCUUUGGAGAAUUCCCAAGUAUAGGUUCUGUCCUUGAAACUUGAGUUGCAGAGGAGACACUCCACAUUGUGAUCUCUGAUGGGAGCCAGCAUAAUUCUUCUCUUGCCUGUCUUCACCGGAGGGUUUCAGGGACAUGGCACUGGUGGCCCUCGUGACCGGUGCUGCCAACCCUGUUUUUAUACAUGCUCUGGGGUGGUAUGAGUAUCAGGAAAGUAAAGGGAGCUGCUCUGUGGGUACUAGCCAUGCCUUCAUUCAUCCAGGGGCUUGCAAACAUUGUUACGAUAGACAACCUGGCCCAGAAAAGAAGAAAAAGCCUUUCUUCCUCAGGCCUCUCUCUCCAUACUGAGGAGUCUACUGCUGCUUGUGCAAGCAAAACUCUUUCUCCUCCCAUCCUGCUGCUCUGCCGCUGAGAGGAAGAGGGAGCUGCCCAGCGGCCUCACGCAGUAACCCUCUGCUGGUGAGUUCCCAGAACCCAGCAUCCUGCAAGCUGCCGCUUCUCAGCUGGGGAGAUGGAGCUGCUCUCCGCCCUCCUUGAUUAGAAUAUGUCAGGGUUGUCAGGGCAACUGUGAACGGCAGCGUAUCAUAUUUUCCCCUGUCUGCUGUGGGCUGAAUAUUUUACUGUGCGGUAGCAGGAAGAAGACUGGGAAAAGGUGCUGCAGCAGGAAGAAGCUGAUUGAACAGGUUAGGCAGUGGUGGGAGGCAUCAGACCCUGCGUGUCUUUAGUAGGGCUUUUCUGGAAAGUGUGUGUGUGUGUGUGUGUGUGUGUGUGUGUGUGUGUGUGUGUGCGCGCGCGUGCGCGCGCACGCAUGCAUGCCCCCGAGCAAUCACCAGCGCAUGUGCCUGUCGGGGAGUCAGUGGGAGGGGGCUGGUAGGGGAGGUGGGGAAGCUGCUGCUAGGUGAGGGGAACUGCAGGGGCUCAGUUGCCAAGUGGCUGGUACUAUCUGUCAGCUGUUUGCAAACUGUUUACCCAUAGGGGAUCUAUUACAAGUGCUCAAAUGAACAGGGAGCUUAGGAACUAGCAGCUUCCUGGGAGCUGCAAUUACAUAAGCAUAUAUUUUUAAUAUAAUAAUAAUUAAAAAAAAAAAAAAAAACAAGUAGCAGCGGUAUGCCUGGAUCAGCUACAGCUCUCCGACACGAGAGACUGAAGAAGACCAAUGCAAGGCCAAUUCCCCUUGGUUUAUUCACCAUUAAUGAGGAAGACGAACAGCAAAAGAAUGGAAAUUCCAGAAGACCAAAAGCACCCGACAGCUAUAAAGUGCAAGAUAAGAAAAAUGCCUCCAACCGCCCUGCCUCUGCAAUUUCAGGACAAAAUAACAACCACUCAGGAAAUAAACCAGACCCUCCGCCUGUGUUACGUGUUGAUGACCGGCAGCGGCUGGCCCGGGAGCGACGUGAGGAACGGGAGAAACAGCUAGCUGCAAGAGAAAUAGUGUGGUUAGAAAGAGAAGAACGAGCCAGGCAGCACUAUGAGAAGCACCUGGAAGAGCGGAAGAAGAAGUUGGAGGAGCAGAGGCAGAAGGAGGAGCGGAGGAGGGCUGCGGUGGAGGAGAAGCGGAGGCAGAGACUUGAGGAGGACAAAGAACGCCAUGAAGCUGUUGUACGGCGCACAAUGGAAAGGAGCCAGAAGCCAAAACAGAAGCAUAACCGUUGGUCAUGGGGAGGCUCUCUCCAUGGGAGCCCUAGCAUCCACAGUGCAGGUGGUUUUGUUGAAUCAUCAUUCUCCUCUCUCGAUUUAGCAGGCCUGGACCAGCACUUCAUAACUUUUGGUGGUACUAGAAAAGCUGAUCCAGACAGGCGGUCAGUUUCCACCAUGAAUCUUUCGAAACAUGUUGAUCCCGUCAUUAGCAAGCGGCUCUCCUCCUCAUCUGCAACUUUACUAAAUUCUCCAGAUAGAGCUCGCCGCCUGCAGCUCAGCCCAUGGGAGAGCAGCGUUGUUAACAGACUCCUGACGCCCACACAUUCGUUCCUGGCCAGAAGUAAAAGCACAGCUGCCUUGUCUGGAGAAGCAGUUAUCCCCAUUUGUCCUCGUUCAGCAUCUUGCAGCCCCAUCAUCAUGCCCUACAAAGCUGCACACUCUAGAAAUUCGAUGGAUCGACCAAAACUCUUUGUAACACCACCUGAGGGCUCUUCUCGCAGGAGGACCAUUCAUGGCAUAGCGGGCUAUAAAAAAGAGAGAGAGAGAGAAAAUGCACCCUUCCUCACAUCUGGCACCCGAAGGGCUAUAUCUCCAUCUAAUCCCAAAGCAAGACCGCCAGCUCCCUCCCGACUUUGGCUUCCGUCCAAGUCUCUUCCUCAUUUGCCUGGCACACCCAGACCGACAUCCUCCUUGCCACCCGGCUCAGUCAAAGCUGCUCCUGCUCAGGUCCGGCCCCCAUCCCCCGGCAACAUCCGCCCUGUCAAGAGGGAAGUCAGAGUGGAGCCUGAGAAAAAAGACCCUGAAAAGGAACCUCAGAAAGUUGCCAAUGAGCCCUCACUAAAGGGAAGAGCACCUUUAGUGAAGGUAGAAGAAGCCACAGUUGAAGAGGGGAAACCUGCUGAACCAGAAGCUGGCCCUGCUGCUCCAGCCAUGGCCCCAGUUCCAGUCACGGCCCCAGCUCCAGCCUCGGCCCCAGCUCCAGCCUCGGCCCCAGCUCCAGCCCCGGGCCCCACCCCAGCCAUGGUCUCAGCCCCAUCAUCCACUGUGAUUGCCAGUGCUUCUCCUAAGACUUCUGCAGGCACCACCAACCCAGAGGAGGCCACAAGGCUGCUAGCUGAGAAGAGGCGGCUGGCCCGAGAGCAGAGAGAAAAGGAAGAAAGGGAGAGGAGGGAGCAAGAAGAACUUGAAAGACAAAAGAGAGAGGAAUUGGCUCAACGGGUGGCUGAAGAGAGGACUCGCCGUGAGGAGGAGUUGCGCCGGCUGGAAGCCGAGCAGGCCCGGGAGAAGGAGGAGCAGCUGCGGCGGCAGACUGAGGAGCGGGCAAUGCGCGAGCGGGAGGAGGCGGAGCGCGCCCAGAGGCAGAAAGAAGAAGAAGCUCGCGUUCGUGAAGAAGCAGAGAGAGCCCGGCAAGAACGAGAGAAGCAUUUCCAGAGAGAAGAGCUGGAGCGCCUGGAGAGAAAGAAGCGACUUGAGGAGAUUAUGAAAAGAACCAGGAGGACAGAAGCUACAGAUAAGAAAACCAGUGAUCAGAGAAAUGGCGAUAUAGCCAAGGGAACUCUCACUGGAGGAACAGAGGUAUCUGCACUUCCAUGUACGACAAACGCUCCGGGAAAUGGAGAGCCAGUAGGCAGCCCACAUGUGGUUACCUCACACCAAUCAAAAGUGACAGUGGAGAGCACUCCCGAUUUGGAAAAACAACCAAAUGAAAAUGGAGUAUCUGUUCAGAAUGAAAAUUUUGAAGAAAUUAUAAACUUACCCAUUGGAUCUAAACCAUCCAAAUUAGAUGUCACCAAUAGUGAGAGCCCAGAAAUUCCUUUGAAUCCAAUUUUGGCCUUUGAUGAUGAAGGGACACUUGGGCCCCUGCCUCAGGUAGAUGGUGUUCAGACACAACAGACUGCAGAAGUUAUAUGAGUAUUUCUUCUGAAGAACCAAAGCUGAAAUUUAAUGAGAAUUUCUACAAUUAAUGGAAUUCCUUUCAUGCUAUAAAGGAGCAUCCCCUCCGCCAGUUUUCUAAAGAGUUCUUGACCAUCAUUUUGAAAAGAUUUAUUAAAACUAGCUAAAGACAACAGACUGGAUAGCUUUUCUAAUCAUUUUCAUCAAUAGGAAAAAAGAAAUACGUCUCAUUCUUCAAUACUUUAAAAUGGCUUUUUCCAGUGUGCUCCUUCUUAGCAAUCAAUAUUUUUCUGCAUUCUUUAAAAGACAAGAGAAUUUGGUUAUAAAAGAAAUGGGCUGACUAGGCAUGGUUUUUUUGGUCUUAAAAGCUUAACAUGUAAAAUUGGCAAAAAAAUUUUUACCUUUUAUAAUACUUGAAAAAUAAGUACCUCUUUGCUCUACAAGUAGAAUGAAUAGGGGAAGAGUUUAAACCUGUUUGUUUAAAUAUUAUUGCAAAGAGCUCUAUUUGUAGAAGCAAAUUAUAGGCAGAUUACCAGGUUCUUAUAAAUACAACUUGUACAUGGACAUUCUGCAAACCCAGCUGUCACGUUUUUCUUGCAACUCCUUUUGCAAAAGCAGACUAAAAUGUUUUAAAAUGUGAAAAAAGAUUAUUUUUUCAAAGCAAGAAAAUAAUUUACUACCCUCUUACAUAAUGUAUUUAUAAAGUUUUUCCAGAUAAACUAAUCGAAUAAAUUAGAACAAUGUGACAACAUUACAAAUUUAAUUUGUUAGCUGCAUUCCUUCUGAUGUCACCACGAGAGAAUGUUACUGGUGAUUCAGGGCUAUUUCUGAAGUCUGUGUGUUGCUGCUGUCCCCAGUGAUGGUGGACUUCUCUUUGCCUUACCUGAUCACAAAUUAUGUUGGGGAAAAUAAAGAUUUAAUAUUUCUUUCAAUAGAAAAAGAAUUUGGUUUUGCUCGUUUAAGAGCAAUGAGAAAAUAAUGGAAUGUUGACUGUGUUUGGCACACAGGACACGGACCUUUAUGGAAGUCCUUGCUCUGCGUGGCAUCUGUCAGCUUUUCACCUGUCAUUCUUCUUCUUCACUUUUGCUGCUGAGCCUAGCUGUACAAACUUGCACUUUCAUUUGCUAAUAUAAAUUCAAUUUUAUUUUACCAUUUUAGAGACUACUAAAGAUUAAAUGUAGAAGGAAAGGGUGCACAUGUUUUUAUGUGGAGUGUUAAAAAAGAUAAAUUUAUACCGCGGUAACGAGCAGCUUUUAUGAAGAGAGAAAUUGGUUAAACUGCUAGGUUGAAUGAGAGACUUCAUCUAUUGGACUAUUUGUUUUAAUCCAGGCAUAUGGUCUUUAGUAACAGCUUGUAAUUUGUUAAAACAUUAAUUUGGGGGUUUUCCCUAUUUUCAGUUGUCCAUGUACACAGUCAUUAUAUUAAAAAAGAAAUCUGUUCAACAAAGUUGUUUAAUUUGUUUAAAUCAACAUAGCAUGAAACACCAAAUAAAAUGUUUGACAUAGUUUUA